AUGGUCAAUCCGCUCCUCUCAUUGGCUCAUCCCGGAGUGUACGGGAUUCCUAUGCUGGUUCUGGUGGGUUGGCGUGGUGAGCCUGGAGUAAGGGACGAGCCACAGCAUAAGAUCAUGGGAAAAUUGCAGGCUGGUAUAAUUCAAGCUAUGGAUUUGGCUUGCACUGAGCUGCCUACUGAGAAUUCGGAAGCUUUGGAAGCUCUGGAAGCAGCGGCGGCGCAGUCUAUGGAGAGCAAGACUCCGCAUUUGAUACUGGUUCGAAAGGAUACUUUCUCGAGAUAUACUUUGGAGAUGGCAGCAGAGUAUGAUAAGACCUUGCCUAUGACGAGGGAGAAUGCCAUAAGAGUAGUGUUGAAGGCUGGUGGUGAUCAGGCUACAUAUGUCGGCACUACAGGAUUCUUGAGUCGAGAAUUAUUCGAGAUUAGAGCUAACGAGUAUGGUGGAGAUCAUUCUCAAGACUUCCUAUGUGUUGGCAAUAUGGGCCAUGCUGGGUCCAUUGCAGAAGGUUUGGCUACUCACAUGCCGUCAAAGUCCCCAGUGGUGUGUAUGGAUGGUGACGGAGCUUUGCUGAUGCACAUGGGAUCAAUGGCUACUAAUAAGGCUGAGAAUUUAGUUCAUGUCUUGAUUAACAAUGGGAUGCAUGAGAGUGUCGGAGGGCAGCCAACAGCUGCUGCUGGCUUGAAUCUAUGUGGUAUUGCCCGAGAUGUUGGGUACUACCCUACUGCUAUACGGGUUCGUACUGAGGAGGAGCUCGCAUCAGCAGUAGCCGAUGCUGUGGCCCAACCCCACAGUGGGCCUGUGUUCAUCGAGGUGCUCGUCAAACCCGGGGUUAGAGCUGAUCUUGGCAGGCCUACUACCACUCCACAAGGGAAUAAGGUGAGAUU